GGUGUCAGACCUUCGUUUGCCAUUAGUUGUUCCACAGAAGCUGGAAGAGAUAUCAUUUUUAAAAUCAGUAUGAAGUUCAUUGCUGUCGUUUGCCUAAUGUUCGCCCUGUUGGGCCUUACCCUGGGACUCAAGGAUCCUGACUGUGGUCUGCCGCCUGCAGCUGAUGGAAACGGUCUCAUCAAGUGUGCCGGCUAUGUUCCCAGCUUUGCUUACUAUCCGGAGGAGAACGCCUGCAAGGACUUCAUCUACGGCGGAUGCGGUGGCAACAACAACAGAUUCGGAGCCAAGGAGGCGUGUGAGGCCAAGUGCAAGGAAUAAAUGAUUACAAAAAAAAACCAUUUCCCAAUAUAUGAUAAAAAAAAAAUUAAAUAAAACUUAAGAAUGCAAAAAGUUA